AUGGCUGAGAUCUAUAAAUCUUCCAGAAACAAAGGAAUAUCUACCCAAUUUGCUUCUGGCUCAAAUUCUGAGGAACAGAACUUUAUACAUUCACAGUCACACAAUCACAAUGGAGAAUUUAUAAGUCCCCCAUCCAAUGAUUUUGACAAUAAACAUAUAAUACGGGAUGUUGGGGCAAUUGUACUGGGUCCUGCUGUGUUUAUCUGUCUCACAGGGAUUUGGUAUUUCACUUAUUGUUGCAAGGCUUGCAAAGACCAAAAGGCUGCUGAAGAGGCAGCUGCAAGAAGAGCUUCUUGGGCUUGA